CAGAAGAUAAAUUAGUACGCGUUUAUAUGCUGGUAUACCGAGUGAAUGUUUUAGUGCAUUUUCUGAAAUUACGAGUAGUGUUGGAUUACGAACUGCCAUAAAUAAUAUAAUAAUUCUCUUGGAUUUUGAAUAUUUUAAUGGCAUCGGAAUAAAGUGAAAAAUGCAGUGAAUCGAUAUCGGUAAAGAAGAUAUUAUGGAGAAACACGACGCCAUUUUAUCGCUGGUUUAUUUCGCAAGUUGCACUUCAGCUUUUCGUUUGACAAGCAUGUCAGCUCCAAAGGUAGCCGAUUUGCGAGACAUAAUGGAGCUUGAUUGCCACUUUGACAUGGGCCAGGAGGAAUUAUACGCCGUGAAAUGGUACAAGGACGAUCAGGAAUUCUUCAGGUACAUGCCCAGAGGGCAGCAGGAAACGCGGCUCUUUCCGGUGCCCGGAGUCAAGCUGGACACGCGUAGCGUAGAUUGCAACAAGAACCGAUGUAAGAUCGGCCUAACAGAUUUGAAGAAAAUGCACAGUGGCGGCGCGUACAGGUGUGAAAUUUCAAGCGAAGCACCCGCAUUUAGAUUGGCUUCGGAAACUCAUAAUGUUACCGUAGCCGGUAAGUAA